AUGCCUUCCUCGCACAGGAUGUCAGCCAGCGGCAGCGACCCCAACGUGAAGGCCCUGGUCAGAGCGCGACUUCCUACUCACACCGCCCUCAACGCCGCCUUGCGGAUAUGCCCUCGCGGGGCUGGCCACAUGUAUCAGCCCUCGUACGGGCUGAAGGACUUCUCCCAGACCGGGUUCAUUUACGAUGUUUGCUUGUACAAGCCAGUGAAGGACGGCCCUCCUCGCUGUCCAGUCGUUCUAUCGUCACUCCAGAUGACCAAGGACAAGCGGAUUGACCUCUUGAAUGCCGUAUCCGAGCUCCAGAUUCCACCGUACAACAACGAGCGCUACGCAACUGACACUUUGCUUUCAAGCAUGCGUCUGCGACGCGGAGAAGAUGUGUGGCCUCCUCCUGGGCUCCAGGAUCCCUUCACCCCGACUCAUCGCCAGAGGAGCCGUGCCGAGCAGUCGAACACCCGAUCUGGUGCCAGCGCGGCAUCCUCUGCGAAGGUUGGCCGGCCGCCGAACGCGACCGUUGACGUGAACGUGUAUGUAUACACAGAGAACGGUUUGCCCCCACUGGAGCUAACGGUGACAGGCAUCGAUCGCGGCCCCCGUGUAGAGUUCACCGUUGGACAGCCUCAGCUGUACGAAAUCCUAGGCGUGGACAAAGCCUCACGCCAUAAGAAGGUCUUCCUGUUGUGGCUCACCGAUGCCGAAGAGUGGUCAGAGUAUCCGAAAGCUCACACUCCGAUGUUCCUCCCUCGUGGCCAAGCGGUUCUAUACAAGGCCCAAGAAGUAUAUGACAUGCCUGGACUUCUGGAGUACCGAGAGCGAUUCGCGCCCGUCGGCAGGGCGGUCGCUCGUCCAAGACAUGAUGCUCAUGAUGUCGAAGAACCCGCGCGCCUGCCCUCUCUCCUACAGCACGUGCACGACGCCCACAUUCUGUCUUCCCCGCCGUCCCAAACACGCCACCGCGAGUCUCCCGCCCUUCCGCAUGAUCCCCCUGUCGACGUUCCGGACGCGUUCCUACCAUCCUCUUCCCCGCGCUUGGUUGGAACUCCUUCACCGGGUGCUCGCCGCGUGACGUUCUUCCCGUCCCCAGUAUCUUCUCCAGACCUGCCGGACGGGUUGGAGAUAGUGCGUAGACACUGGGCAGCGAAGUACGUACGUGUCAAGGCGGACGCUCUCCCCGAUGACCCCGUCAGCCUGGCAGGCCCGAGUUCCACAGCUCUGGGCAAGCGACGCGCGAGCUCGGGCGCCCCUGCACUACCUGCGAAAAGAAUGCGGAAUGUGAGUCGUGCGGAGGUGAGCGGCGAAGGGUCCAACACUCCUGCGACGGUGGCUACAACCGAAGUGGGCGCAGUCCCUUCACAUGAGGCGGACGACAUCAUCGAGUUGUCAGAUGACGACGAGCCGUGCCAUGCUUCCCUCGUCUCCGGCUACGGGGACGACGUCGUCAACAUCUCGGGUGGUGGGCGUUGCCGUGUCGAGACCAUCGAGGGCAAGGAGUACAUAGUCAUAUCGGACGACGAGUAG